AUGAAGUUAUACUCUAGAUUGAACGGGCGGACAGUGCUCGUCCAAUUGACGGGCCAGCGCAGAAGAGCGGAGCAGAAGGAGCAGAAGCGGCACGCAGGAGAGGUGGGCCGGAGCCAACGUUCGAGAUGCGGCCUGGAGAAGCCGCGCAAGUCGCAUUCUGAGUCCACGCGGGAUGAGAGGCCCAGGCCGCGAGCGCGCAUCGAGUUCGACGAGCGUGCCGCCGCCAGAAGGGACGAGAAGCAAGUAAUUGGGAAUCGGAAGGAGGCGAAGUUGCGCAUGGCGCUCGGCCAAGGACAAUUGGAGGCCGCAUUCUUGGAGUGGACGUGGCCGAUUGUCGCUGACAAGCAUCGCAAGCGCGGAGAGUGCGUGAAGGGAGCGAGAACGAAGGAUGUGAAUUCUUGCACGGCGCGCGGCGAGGAAAAACAGGAAGCCGCACUCUCUGGGCGAAUUUGGAAGACCGUCGCCGACAAGCAUCGCGAGUGCGAAAAAUGCGAGAUGGGGGCGAUAACGCAGCGGGGAUAUUGGAAGUGCGUGCAGUGUCAAAACUGCUUCGAGACCGUGAGGUUCAGCGCGCGGUUGCUCGGGCGGGCGACGCAGAGACCGAGCGGGAUACAGCGCUGUAACAAGUGCGACGCAGACCAGGAGCGCGGCCGGACGCGCGCGGCAGACCGGCCGCAUGAUGUCGCGGCGAAAACAAGGACGCGUCAGACCAUCCCGCUGCGGGUAGCCCCGCGCGGGAAGAUCCUGCUGCAGGCCUCAGCGAGCUGGCGUAAUUUGGCACCAGGGGAGAGGACCGCGUGGCGGGACUGGAGCGCUGUGUUCCGGGGCUACGCUGGGGCCGCAGUCCCACGGCUCGCGUUGUUUAUGAAGUCGGCUGCCGACUCGACCGACCCAGCGCCAAACGUGGCGCUGACGGAUCGCGCGGAUGCGCAAGCCAGCGCUCAGCUCUAUUGGAUGUUGCUCAUGCCGUGCAAGGGCGCGGCGCUCAGCAUCGUUCUCCUUGCUGGGGGCAGCGGGGGGCUGGAAGCAUGGCGGAAGCUAGUGGGCGAGUGCGAGCCCAAGAUGCGGACGCGAUUCGCCGGGCAAUUCAUGAUCGUGUUUUCCUUCUCGUUGCAGGGCGACAUCCCUGAGUGCAUCGCAGCGCGGGAGCGCGAGCUCCCGCGCUGCGAUGCUGAGUACAUUCCUGCUACGUCUCCCCGAAUCGCCUCUCAAGACGUGACGAGGGUGGACCAGCUGGCGCGGUGGAUCGAUUUCCGGGCGGAGGUCGUAGCCAUCAGCAGGUCGAUCGCCGCUGCGCAGGCUCAGCUGGUGCCGAUGGACAUCGGCGCCGUCGCCAAAAGAGACGGCCGUGGCAGGCCGAAGGUCCAGUCGGUGGAAGAUGGCGGAAGCGCGGAGGCCGCGGAUGUAGCAGCGGUCGCGGGCUAUUUCGACAUCGGCGCCGUCGGUGUGGACAGCGAGGAGGGCCUGAAGAGCGCGGGAGGGGCGCGGGUUGCCCCGCUCCCUGGCCCAUCGGCUUCGGACGCGGGUCGCCCUGCUCUGAAUGCCGCGGGAGGGCCGUGCGUCGAGCCAGGAGAGUGGCUCGACGUGGAGGUGGAUUCCGGCGCGGAGGUCAGCUGCCUCCCAGCAGGCGUCGGAGCUGGGUCGCACCCCCUCCACCCGACGAGGCUCAGCCAGAACAGGGGUUACUACGUGGCAGCUGGGGGCGGCCGGCUGCGUGGCCAGGGCGCGCGGAUCCUCGGGCUGGGGGCGGACGACGCCGACGGGCAGGCCUUCAACCUCGUCGCGCGCUUCCGCGUCAUGGAUAUCGCCACGGCGUUUCUGGCGACGGACGACUUGAGCAGGUGCCAGUGGGAGACGGUGUUUCCUGCUGACGGCGGCGGGGCCUACAUCCGCCGGAGAGCCUCCGGGACUCGCAUCGACGUCGUGCGGAAGCGACGGGCAUGGUACCUGAGGGUGCGCCUGAAGCCACGCGAGGACUUGCCGUUCACCUCGGCGCAGGGGCUGUCCGAGGUCGCGUCGAUGGAGGAGCACGUCGCGGGUGGCCAUGCGGUCUUCCGCACGCGGUGCCGGGAGUGCUGCGUCGGGCGUGGCCGGAUGCACCGCCGCGCCUCUGGCGGCCCAGAGGUCAGCAUCCUGGUGGUGGGUUGCGACUACGGCUACUGGAACGACAGGGGCGACGACGCCCGGGGCCAGCCGAAUGCGCCCCUGCUGUGCAGCAGGUGCACAGGGGAUCGUUGGCUUGGAGCCGCAGCGGUUCCAGCGAAGGGGCCCGACGAGCACGCAACGAAGGAGCUGAAGAAUCUGAAGAGCGACGUCGUGGGCAGCGGCUUCGACGAGGUGAUCCUCGGGAGCGACGGCGAGGAGUCCGCCGGGCGCGACUCUCGGGGCAGCGGCCUCGCGGAGGCCGCCGUGCGCAAGGUGAAGGGCGCCGCGCGGGCUCCAGCGCGAGUCGCAUUGCCUGACUGGCCAGAUCCGGCGGUGGAUGCCGAGGAGGCGCCUGCGGCGACCCGCCGGGUUUACCUCUGGGGGGGGGACUCCGUGAAGCAUGGGUUCGCGCAGGGGUGCCCUGGCUGCAGGGCGAUCGCCGAGAAUAUGCGGGCGCAGAUGCAUUCCGAGGAUUGCAGGAUACGCCUGGAGACCGAGUUGGCCAAGACAGGAGGGCGCGGGGGCGACUACAGCGGCUACGGCGGCCACGGCGGCUCCGGCGGCGGCUUCGUCCUCAGGCGCGGGAGCGACUACAGCGGCUACGGGGCGGCCAGCGCAGCGGCGCCACCUGCCCUGGGCGCAACCCUGGCGGACCGCGACGGUUCGGAGGUGGACGCGAGCCCCCCGACUAGGAAGAGGCAGAUGGAGAUCCAGGCGCCCGGUGCGGAGGGCGACAUGGACACUGCGAUGGCGGCCGCAAGCGGUCUGCAUGCGGACGCUGCGGCGCUCGUGGAGGCGCGUUCCCUGGCGCGCCCGCAGCGCAAGGCCGGCGCUUUCGGCUUGCACGCCGGCGCGGGCAUGGAUUUGCGCCUGGGCUGGGACCUGGGGAGCGACGACGAGCGGCAGGAGGCGCAGGGGCGGCUGGACUUGGAGAGGAGCUUGGCGCGCGCUGCUGGCGGCGGCGCGACGGAGGGGGUGCUCGGCAACGACCGCGAGCUCACGAUCUCCGCGGCGGAGGCUGGGCCUGUCCUGGAGGAGCUGGAGCUCUUGGCGAGGCCGGCGGCGACGGAGGACGAGAAGGGCGACUCCUCUCGACCGAACUAUCGGUCGCGGCAGCAUACUGCCGCGCUGGGUCCGAACCCAGAGCGCGGCGACGCGGGCGAGGCCACCUACUUGAACAGGAUCGUGCGGCGGUUCCCCCUCGGCUCGGAGGGCGGCGAGCGGAUCGAGCUGGAAGCCGACCCGCGGCGCGCCGAGAUCUUGGUGCAGAAGCUGGGUCUGGACGAGGAGCGGGCGAAGGCCGUUGCGACGCCGGGCGUCAAGCCGACCGGCGACGACGACGAUGACGGACGAGAGCUUGAUCCUGAGGCCAGGUCUAAUUGCAGAUCCUGGGCCAUGCGUGCGUGCUACUUGGCGCAAGACCGCUGCGAACUGCAGUUCGCGUGCAAGGAGCUCGCCCGGCGCAUGCAGGCGCCGCGCCAGAAGGACAUGCAGGCGGAGUUCUACGCCUUGACCAAGAGUGUGAGCUGUGCGAUUGGCACCGCUGCCAUGGCGGCUGGUCUGUUCAAGGUCCUGAUGCCGCGCGUGCGCGUAGACGCCAGCGCGAGCAAGGGCAUUGUUGAUCUCUAUCGGGCCCCUGAUCUCGCGCGCCCUCUGCGCGUAUCCCACGUUGCCGCGGGGGCGCCCGCAGUGGCAAAACCAGUGCAGCAGGCGAGUCUGGAUCAGAGCGACGGCGAGUGCGACGUGUUCUCAGCCGCGGGCAAGCGCCGCGCAGAUCCCCCCAUCGGGCCACUAUCCGUCGAAUCUUCGAGGAGGGAAGGCCCCGCGCUUGCGGUUGUCACCGUGGGAUUGGACAACUUCGAGAGUCAUCCUGGCGGGGCGGGCCAGAGUGCGAUGGGGGCGACUACAAGCAUACCAUUGGAGCGGCACAAGGGCCGCGAGCUGCAGUUCUACUUCCGCGUCCGCGCAGAGGCCACCGUCAGCAUCGCCGCCGGCACCUCUUCGCGCUCGGAAGCCUCCAAUGCCGCCGCCGGCGCAGACGCCGAGGGCACUUGCGCCCACGCCGCCUCCGCCGCCGCCCGCUGGCGCGGCUGCUUGCCCAGGAUCUCCGGCAUGCGCGACUGGGACCGCGAGCGUGAGCGCGACCGGGACCGCGACCGCGACCGCGACCGCGACCGCCGCCGGCAGCCCGAGAGCGGCGCGCCCUUCGACCUGGGCCCGUCGCUGGACGACGGCCACGGCAGCGCCCAGAGCGGCGGGCAGGACCUGGCCAACUUCCCGCCUCCGACGGCGAGCCGGCCCCCGGACGACUGGACGGGGCAGCGGGGGUACACGGCGCACCCGGGGUACUCUCAGCCCGGCGGGUGCGGUCAGCCGCCCGCCGGCUACGACCAGGGGCGCGGGCGGAGCCGUUCCCGCGGCGGCCAGCAAGACGACCGCCUCAGGGACGACCGCGGCAGGGACGACCGGGACCGCCGCCGCGACGACAGGGACCGCGGGCGCGGCGACGUCCGAGGGCGCGGCGACGACCGCGGUAGGAGGGACAACGACCGCAGGCGCGGCGGGGCGGAGAAAGGCGUGCGCAGCGGCGAGCCUCGGAGGAGGGCGAACUGA